AUGCCGAAGCUGUACAGGCUGUCCAGGCUCGUUGACCUGGGUCCGCAGGACUCUCCCAAACCGCACGACCAGGUUUGGAAAUCGGGGAUCGUGCCGGAGUUUCCGAAGCUGUGCACGCACCUGUGGAGGAAGUUUCCGGAACACCCACGGAACCUGCAACUUGAUAAGGUGGACCGAACUGCUCUCGAGGUGUUCGCCAGCUUCGGCUCGCAUUUCCAAGCCUCCCUGCAGCCCUGGUACGAGGUGCUGGUGGACCUGGCUCUAUUCAGGGAACACGCCCUCGUUCUGCUCAACGAUCUUGCCACCAGCAUUGUCACACUCUCUCCCGUGGUGAACCCGCUCGUGCUCCGCUCCUUCAUGGGCCUUUUCUCUGAUUUCGUGCGAGUUAAUCUCCUCUCGUUACGGGCGGGGAAAAAAAUGAUAGUGCAAGUGCACGCACUGACAGUGCACUAUACCACCAACGGCCAAGUGCCAGAGAGCUAUGACAGAGUGCUGCAGUACGUGCAGGCAUACGACACCCCCAUGCUCGGUCUGCAGGAGGAUCUCAGGACUGUGGCCCCCCGAAUCUCAAAGGCUGUGGACGCCGUUGCUCCUGUGAUUCUUGCGUGGGAAGACACCCAGAAGCUUCGCACAGACGUGUUUGUGAAGCCCUUCGCGUCCUGGCCUGACGUGGCAUCCGCUCCCCCGCCCUGGGACCUCAUGAGCGAGGAGCUGGUGGGGAUGGAGGCGUAUAGCGAGUGGGCACUCUUCGCCCUGCUCACCUGUCCCGUGGAGAUAGUCAAAGGCACGCGCGAUGCUGCUGCUCUUAUCAAGACCCUACUCCACUCGCGCGCCAUACUCCCUCUCUUCAGAGACGAGGUGCUGUGUGUGCAUGCAGAGGUGCACCAGUGGUCCGUGGAGGGAAAGAAAGCAGCGCAAUCACCCACUCAAAUUCCCCUUUGUCCCCCGUAUCCCCUUCUCCUUCCUCCCCUCCCUCCCUCACAGGCUCUUCUCCACACGAGGGCCAUUGUGCCUCUGUUCAGAGACGAGGUGCUGUGCGUGCAUGCAGAGGUGCAGCAGUGGGCCGGCUAUCUUGCCUCUGUUCAGAGACGAGGUGCUGUGCGUGCAUGCAGAGGUGCAGUAGUGGUCAGUGGAGGGAAAAGAAGCAGCGCAAUCACUCUAUCAGACUCCACUCUGUCCCUCUUGCCCCGCUUUCCUUCCCUCUACCCCUCACAGGCUCUUCUCCACACGAGGGCCAUUGUGCCUCUGUUCAGAGACGAGGUGCUGUGUGUGCAUGCGGAGGUGCAGCAGUGGGCGGUGGGGCGCAUGGGGGAGGGGAAGAAGGCGGCCAAGGCAGCAGCGAGGCACAGAGCACAGGGAGCAGAGGAGGAGUACCAGCGACUGAGGGAGUGCUGUCGACUGAUAGGGGACCUCGUGGGUGGCACUGGCAUGCACGCUUGUCUGCAGCGAAUGGCAGACUCGCACAGGAGGAGGCGCUUCCUGCUGGGCCACGAGGGCAGGCGCCUGCUGCUGAGGCUGGCGGACGAGCCCUCGCUGCUGCCGCCCAUGCUGCAGCUGGUGCUGGCCGUGCUGGCUCUGCUGCGAGCCGAGGUGCACUGGGCCAUCCUGCACACCUCCUGCCUCGCCCAAUCUGCUCCUGUCACAGGACCAGAGGCGGACUCAGUGGCAGUGCUGAUCGAUACAAUGUUUCGCCUCGUCUCCCUCAUCCAGACCCACAUGCUCGCCAUCCAGGCGCAUGCAUCGUGGCAGGUGCAGUGGGGAGCGAGGCGGGUGAGAGAUCUGAUCGCGCUGCCAGCUGUGCGCCAGCUGGCGAUGAGCGCCCAGCUGGAGGCCUUCUUCCGUGACACGUCAGCGUCCAUGCUGGCAGCCGCCCGGUUCCUGUGCGACGCUGACGUGGCGUGUGCUGGCGACGGUGGCAGUGGCGGUGGCGGUGGCGGUGGGAGCAGCAUGGAGUACGAGGAACGAAUGCAGAUGCACGCUCUGGCCUCGGACCAGCUGGCAUGGCACAGCAUGAGGGGCGAGUGGGUGCAGCUGCAGCUGCUUCUAUCAUCGCCCUUCACUACGGCGUCAGCGAGAGUGCUGCAUCUGGUGUCGGGGGGGGAUGAUGGGCCAACUAGUAUUGUCACUGAAUGCAAUCGCCUUUAUGCAUGGUGCAGGUGCAUUGAUCAGCUACCAGAGGUGGUGGACGAGCAAGCCUCCUUGCACCUCAUGUGCUACUAUCGGCCGCAGAUGACACAGGUGUUUCGCCAGGUGCUUUUCUCCCCUCACGGCACUCCAUCGCAUGCCAUAGGAUGGCUCAUGGUGGCGCAAGCUUUCCUGCAUAACCUGCCGCACUCCCUGCCAGACGAGCGGCCCACUCUGCUCCCAACAGCAGUGCAGUUUGCUGACUCGCUCCUUCAUGCCAUCAUGGGGGGAGUGGACUCGCUUCUCUCGACGCUACAGUCGGACCACGGGCUCACUGGGCUACACAUGAAGACGCUACCAGCAGCAGCAGCAGUGCUACUAGCGGCCACCACUCAAGGCACAUCCGCAGGCCACCAGUCAAUCACUCACCCCUCAGCAUAUCAACAGCACCAGCUGCUGCAGCUGCUGCCAGGGAGUGAGAGCCAGCCGCACAACCGAGCACACAUCACGGGCAUAAGCGCGUCAUUGCACAAGCUAGUGGGUCUCGUGUCAGCCAUUGACAACCUGCCACCUGUCAGAGUCGCAGACCAUGCCUUCGUUCCACGAGAGUACCUGCGGGAGAGGCUCACCCGCCACUUGCACCACCGCCUGCGCUCCGCCAUUCUCCCCAACGGCCAUCUGCAGCGCCCCUCCGCCUUCGAGUCCUCCCUCACUCGCUUCCUCCUCCUCCUCCUGCUCCUGCAGCAACACUGCUCCCUCUACCUUUCUCGCACCAUCCGGGAGGUUCUUCUGGGGGAGGCGUUUCCUAGGAAGGGCGGGGGGAGGGGGGAGGUGAUGGAGGAAGGGGAAAGGGCAGGGAGGAGAGAGGAGGGGCAUGGAGAGGAGGUUUAUGAGGAGCAGGUUUUGGGGGGGUGCAGGGACUUGCACCCGCUGUAUCGUCCUGAGUGGGAGAGGGAGAAGAUUGGUGGGAUGGGGAGGGGAGGUGGGGGAAGGGGGAAGAUGGGAGAGGGAGGUGUGGGAGUGGGAGGGGGAGGAGCGUGGGACGGGGAAAGGGGGAAGAGGGAAGGGAUGGAGAGAGGAGCGGAGGAGAGAGGAGGGGAAGAGAGAGGGUGGGAGGAGAGAGGAUGGGAGGAGAAAGGAGGGGAGAGAGGAGGGGAGAGAGGAGGGGUGCAUGGCAAGGCAGUGUCGAGCUCACUUGAUGCUCGGCUGCGGAAGAGUGGCGGGUGGAAGGGACGAUGGUCUGUGGGGUCCAAACAAGGCAAGGGCAUGACUUUAGGCAUGGAAUCAGGCAUGGGGAUGGGAAUGGGUGUGGAGGAGAACAUAUUGGAGGAGGGUUUGGAGGUGAGAGACAGUGGGGGCGGAGGGGUACGAGGGGUUGAAGCGGGAUUAGGGUGUGAAGGACAGGGGGAAGCUUCCAGGCAGGUGGAAGGGGGUGACGGGGGGUUUGGGUGGAGUGAAGAUGGGGUUGUUGGUGGUGAGAGCUUUGAUGGGCCGAGUGCGGCUGUGAUUAUAGCGCGAUGGUACGUUGACAAUGUGGUGUGUGACUGUAACGAAGCCGGGGUGCUGUUCUCCCCGUUUGACGCCACCUUUAGAAGCACAGCAUGGGGGGGAAGUGUAGCAUCUUCAUCAUUACCACCAGACGCAGAAGCAGCAGGAGGAGGAGCAGGAGGAGGAGGAAAAGCAGGAGGAGAAGGGGUAGGAACCAGCAGCAGCAGUCCAGGCAAACCUAGAACAGGAAUUCUCCCCCCCGGUCAUCUCACUCCUCCUGUGGCCUCCUCUCCUGCACUCGUCCCAGGAGCAGCAGCUGCAGCAGGCGCGUUCAGCCCCCUCCUGCCCUUCCCCUCCCCCUCCACCAGCCCCAAUCCUGCCCUCGCCACUCCUCCCUCUCUCUCCAACCCCUCUCCCUCCCUCUCCUCCUCCACUCCCUCCUCCUCUGCCUCCACCUUUCCAUCCUCCUCUGCUGCAUCCCCGUACACUUCGGCAUCUCCUGCCACUGCUGCGUCUCCUCGUGCUGCUGUCUCUGUGCCUUCGAUCCUUGCCUCCUCCCCCAUCUCUCCAAUCCUCGCCUCGCCCAAUUCAGUCCUCCCUGGUGGUGGAACAGGAACAGAAGCAGGGGCAGGAGGGGCAGGAGGGGCAGGAGGGGCAGGGGGAGAAGUAGGGUUAGCGGCUCGGCCGGUGAUUGCUGAGCUGGUGGCGGAUGGUGCUGAGCUGGCGGCGUUUGUGAGGCUGUUUGGAUUCUACGGAGCGGAUGAGCUGGCGGGUCGUGUGGUGCGACCUGUGCUGCUGCGCUUGCUCAGCCGCCUGGAAGCCAUUCUGAGGGCGAACCGAGAUUCCCUCAUGAUGCUUGCUUCUAAAAUGCACCUCUCUCCUCCCUUGCAGGUUCCCUCAGCUGCCGCUGCUGACGCUGCUGCGGCUGCUGCUGCUGCUGCUAGUGCUGAUUCUUCUGCUGAUCCUGCUGUGUUACGGGAUACUGCCUCCCACCUCCCCCCCUCCUGCCCUGAAAGCGUAGCUGUAGGGCAGUUGAGGAGAGUUGCUGCUAGGUGCGGGGUGGGAGGCGGGGCAGCGGGGGCAGCGGCGGUGGCGGCGGGAGGGGCGGUGGUUGCGAGUGGGAUGGGGGGAGCGGGGGGGAUGGCGGGGGUGGGCGGCGGGGGAGGGGAGGAGGAGGUGGGCGGAGGGGGAGGAGGGGCGGAUGGGACAUUUGCAGAGGUCCUAGAUUUGCUGAUGGAGAUAGGAGGAGUGGGGGACGGAGCUUGGGCCAUGCUGCCGUUUCUGUUUGCUAUUAUGCUGGGAGGGCAGUCUUGGGAAACCUGUGUAUACCUCCCGGAAACACAGGGGUUUUCGGAUAAUACCAACUGUUUGAUCCGGGCUAUACACGUGCUUCUGGUGGGGUGUGAGCGGGCGGGGGCAGAGAGACGGGAGCUGAAGCGGGAGCUGCUAGCACAGCAGCGGAUCAUGAGAGGAUCAAAUCGCAACUCGGAGGAUUACGCUGAUGACGACGAGCCGACCGACCUGGUCCGGCUGGCGGGCGGCGUGGCCGGCAUGAUGCGGACGUUUGUGCAGCACGCGGCGAGUUUCGUCCUGAAUUUCUGGGAUAAGGGCCCCCGGGGGGCCUGGGCUUCAAGAGUUAUCUUCUUAGACCAACUCUGUCUGUUCUCCCCGCAUCUCCCUCGCUCUGUGUUGGAGAAAUACCUUCCUUUCACACUCAUACGCGCUGCUUACGACGCGUACCACAAUCACCCUCCUCUCCCUCUCCCUCUCCCGCUCCCUCUCGCUCCUCCUCCACCUCCUCAGCCCUCCUCUUCUCCUUUCGCAGCCACAGCUCCUGCUGCUUCUCCCAUGGGAGCAGGAGAUGGGAGGGCCUUGCUCUCUUCCAUCCCCUCUUCCUCUCCCCUCUUCCCUCUCCACACUCGUCCCUCCGGCCCUUUUGCUGCAAGAAAGGUUCGAGCCAUCAUCCAACCCUCAUCCCCACCAUCCCCUCCAACCCCCCCUCUCCUCUCUCCUCCCCCUGGUCCUUUCCAGCAGUCCCCCUUCCCCUCAGUCUCCCCCGAUCUCACCUUACCCGCCGCUUUGCCGAACCAAGCACAGCUGUCUACAGGGCAGGGAUUGCCGCCCAGCACGGAUUCUCAACAGUCACAUCUCUCACAGUCACAGCACCUGCGGUCACAGCUGCAGCUGCGGCUGAGAGCAGCAGAGGGCGGCAGUGGGAAGUUAUCAGCAGAAGAGCAGUUAGGGCAGUUAAAGCAGUUAGGGCAGUUACAGCAGCAGUUGAAGCAGUUAGACCAGCAGCGACCAGCAUAUGCAUCGUCCACGCUGCUGGAAAUGGCACAGAGCUUCGAAACGCCCCAGCAAAACGCGUCUGCAGCUGCCGCUGGUGGGUAUGGAGGGCAUGGGGUCCGAGGGGGUCGAACCCCCACUGCUGCUGCUGCAGCUGCUGCCGCUGCCGCUGCUUCUGCCGUUUCGUUUGGCUAUGGUGCUGGUGGUCCUGGAGUUGAGGGCGAAUACUCAGGUGAAUUUUCAGGUGAAGUCUCAGGUGAGGGUGGGUCCCCGAGCCAUGCACCUGCCAUGCGCUGCCUGCCCUCCACGCCUCAGUCACUGGCAAGGAAGCAUGGCUUCUCUCACCACUCCCAGCAGCAACAGCACAGCAAGGCACACUCUCCCUCUGUCUCGUCUCAGGACUACAGGAGGCAGGUGCGAUCUGGGCCGUUGAUCUCGGGAGCAUCGCACGAGCAGAUGGACGUUGGAGAUGCUGCGAUGGGUAUGGUCAGAACCGCAUCUGUCCACCCCCGUGGGACCGUUGCUGCUGCUGGUGGUGGUGGUGGUGGUGGUGGUGUUGGUGGUGCUGGUGCUGGUUCUGGUGCUGAUGUUGCUGGUGCUGUUGGUAGUGGUGCUGGUGACGCUGCUGCUGCUGCUGCUUCUGUUGGUGGUGUUGAUGGCACUGGACAGGGUGGGGGGGUGGGUGGUCAGAGGUGGGGGGAAGGCGGUGGAGAGGCAGGGGUUGGAACCGGUGCAGGGGCAGGAGGGAGGGGUUUUGAUUGGACGAGUCUGAACGACUUGCAGCAGCAGCUUCGGCAGCAGCUGCAGCAGCACCUGGACGGCCGCCGAGGCUCGCUCGGAGGGCAGGCAAGCCCAGCAGUUGCAGCAGCAGCAGCUGCUGCUGCAGCAGGCCUCGUACCCCAAUCCCUCCAGGCAGCAGCAAGGCAAGAAGACGGCAUGGCAGCACUGCAGCGCGCCAGCAGCAGCAACAGCCGCAUGGGAGCACCCGCUGCUACAACCACUUCCAACCACAGUGCCACCCACGGAAAUCAUCUCCACUCCUUGGAACCGCGCAAGUAUGGUGUCUCAGCCUCGGCCCCUCUGGAUCCCAGGCUCGUUGCUGCUGGCGCUGCCCCUGCCUUUCCCGCUCUUCCCCCAGGCUUCCCUUACCUCCCUUCUUCUUCUUCCUCUACUGCUGCUGCUCGAUCCUCCUCCCCUGCUCCUGCCGCCGCUCCUGCUCCUGGUGCUACAUUGUCCCCCCAUCCCUCUGCUCCUGCUGCUGCUGCCAUAUCUGCACCUCCACGUGCCUCCGCUCCUGCUGCUGCAACAGCCGCUUCCCCUCGUGCCUCGGGUUUCCCGAGGCGGAUAGACGUGGUGGGAGUGGAGAGGCUGGGGUUGCAUGAGCUGGACGCCAAGGUGCUGGGGCUGAAGAGCCUCAACAUACCCAAGGGGAGGGACCGCACAGAGGACGAGGUGUUUGAUGAGGAACUUCCCCUAACUAAAGGGGUGGGGAAGUGA